AUGGCAGCAUUCGAUCCCAAGAAGCGCGUCGUUAUUGUCCAGACACUUCAUAUCCUAGGACCAGACCAGAACCCGCGAGACUUUGACUGGCAGAAUGGCGGUUACUUGAGCUUUGAAGCUUACGAGGGCUUCAAUGCUUGGUGCGGCCGACUUCCGCGUCAAGACCAUCGCAAGAACUGGCCUUCUGAUGGUAUUCAAUCCGACCUGUCCAAGUUUGACGAACUGACCAAACUCCUUCGACCGGCAGACGACAGCCAAGAUCUAUACCUUGAGGCGCCCAAGCUAGGUCAAUACCGAGAGAGCAGCAAUGAUCUGGCCUUGCGGCUGAUUAACGAGGCCAAAAUCUACGAGAUUAUUUCACGCAAUCCGCAUACCAACCUAGGCAGCUAUUUUGGCUGCGUCGUGAAACAGGGUCGGCUGGUGCGUCUAGCACUCAGAAAAUACAGCCAGUCACUCAAAGACCGCUGUAAAAAGCCUGAAGAGUCCACUGGACAGCAGCGUGAUGAUUGUAUUGGUCAAAUUCAAGCAGCGGCGGCACAUUUACAUUCGAUAGGGCUUGCGCACAACGACAUCAGUCCAUCCAACAUCAUGUUCACCCCCACCGGACAAGCCGUGCUGAUUGACUUCGACACUUGCGCGCAAAUAGGCACCCCUCUUACCAAGGGUGGACUGGUUACUGGAUGGAAGGGCCCUAUUGCCGGUGAGGGACGCAGUUUCACUGUGUCUUCGGCUGAAUGCGACACACUGGCAAUUCAAGAGAUCCGGGCGCAUCUUUGUCGAAUGCCCAAAUAA